AUGCGAAAGCGUGUUGAGGAAGUACAGCUUCUUCUGGACGCCGCUCGAGAAAAAGAAUAUUGGUUGUGCUCAGGCUGGACGUUACAGGAAGGCGUGCUACUGCACGAGACCGAUCUUAUUGACGGCAAUGGCAGCACGCUUCCUGGUGCUGAUUUCUGGAUGAGCGACCAAGCUACUGUCUCGGAUCUCACCGUGCCCAUCACGAAGCUAGCUCAUGAACUGGCAAUUGGAUAUUUCAUCAAAACACAAGGCUACGAGCCUGACAUGGGUGUACCAAGUCCUCCGGCAGCUUACCUGUUGUCUGAAAUGCCUGAGGGGUGGUUACGUCGAUUAUUCCAAGUCUUCAUGUCGUCGGGAUUUGUGGGCUUCUGGAAGCGAAACCCUCUUGGUAUUCUCUCAGGCAAGCGAAGCCGAAAGUUCCGCCACGACAAGGAUUCCUGCUGGGCGUUAUUGGGUGCAUUGGGGAUCGACGACAUAGAUGUCACCUACGACAAGAACGUCACCAUGGAAGAAGUCAAAACGAGACUCUUGCAGGCGCUGAUCGACAAAUACUCAUGGGAGAUGCUGAUGUUGCCCUAUCCGGAGUUCCGCCUACAAGACAAGGAGGGCCCAGAUACCAUCGAAAGAGGUUUCAGAUGGACUGAUGUUGCAGAUGGAGUCAUGCUGCCCGUUUCUAUGUUUGCUGUGGAGCAACAGCCCCCACCGCAUUCUUUCGUGCAAACCUGGCCUACUCUGAGCUACACCCAUGAUCUUCGUAUAAAAAGCAGCCCGGGGGAAAGAAUCGUACUUUAUUCUGCCUCACCAGAUGGGAAGGCUUGGUUCCGCCAUUAUCGCCAGGACAAAGAUGGCCUUCGCAUUGUUUCUGCCAGCGAAGUUACUUUUGAUGAAGACAGACUCCUCUCGUCCGCAUGGCUGCUGCCCUUGCAUUAUAUCAAUAUGAAAGCUGGCGUGCUAGGGAGAAGGUGUCUUGUGUUGGUGAAUCUCAAUCACGGAACGGGUAAUGAGCCGGCGCGGGCUGGUUUUGGUGGGAUCUUAGACCUAAAGGGGGUGGGAGAGCAGAGAGUCUUUGUUGAUGAGAUUGUUCUAAAUAGCAGCCCGUGA